UCUCUUUUCAUUUUGAGAGCACUUCAUCAUGCAUCUCGUUGGAGUCUCGGCAUUAAUAGCGUUGCUUUUAAUUAGAAUUGAAAGUAAGGAAAGUCACCAGGAAAAGAAACAGAUUGUAAAUGACGUUCACCAACAUCAAGGAUUUAUUACAGCAAAAGAAUUUUUACAGAAUUAUGUGUCUGCAAGUGUUCCUUUACUGAUGAAAUCUACGGCAAAUUCAUUAUUUAAGGAAAAUUUUGAAUUUUAUGCUUUAAAAUCCAUGCCUGAGUCCUUCACCACUUACCUCAAUGUUUCAAAAAAUGGUGAGGAUUUUUACAGAUUCAUGUCCAUUAAUCAGUUCGUAAAUGUUUACUCAGAUGAAAAUCUUUUCAUAGAUGCAUCAAUACCGCCUAUUCUCAAAUCACUAGUGACUCUACCACAAAUUCUGCAGUGUAAAGCUAUAUUGGAAAAUCUACACCAAACGCGCCUCAUUAUUCGCUCAGGGGAUUGGAAGAGCAGCUUCUCAGCUAAUGAUCAUCAUUCGUUUAUCUGUCAAGUAAAUGGAAAUUCAAGGUAUCAUCUUAUCCAUCCAACCAGAAUCAACUCAAAAUCUGCACUCUCGGAUGCGAAUAAAAACUCGAUUUCCGAAGAUCAUUCAUUGCAUCCAGAUUUAUCUCAUGCAGAAGAAUAUACUCUUGUAUCUUUAGAACCUGGAGACUGCGUGUACAUUCCAUUUCUGUGGUGUCAACAAUGGAAUACCACAGGAGAAUACGUCGGCUUGACUAUGAGCUGGAAUUCAGAUAUUAAUUCAUCAUUGUCAAAGGAAUGUCAAGAGCAACAGAAACAGUUACUUUCGCUGAAUUUUCCAAAUGACCCAGAGGAAGAUAUAUUUGCGGAGCUUGCAUUCAUUGAAAUGCAUUACUUCAUUAAAAAGUAUUAUUUAAAGACAAAGGAUUCUAUGAAUUUAGAAAGUUUUGUCACCGCAUUUUUAAUGGACAAACAUAUAGAUGGAAUAUUGAAAUGGAAUGAUGAAUGCAAAGAAAUAGCCAGAGAGAUGUUCCACCAGCUGGAUAUCAAUGAUGAUGGAAUAUUAUCAAUCAGUGAUUUCGAAAAAGUGUCUUACGAGGAGCUGCUAGAUGUAGCUGGCAGAAUUGAAGACAGAUUGGCCGACUUUCAAGACAUAAUAGAUGACCAACAACUAGAAAAUAAGGGUUCCGUAUUUGAUAUUGCUAAAAAAGCUAGUGACCAAACAGAUGAGAUUCGAAAGUUAAUAGAAGAUGGAUUCAGUGAAAUCUUCAACGAUAUUGAAGCAGCAAAAUCAGAUGGCUCUACAAGUGAUAAAGACAAGGCAAAAGAACGCACUACUUCACAUGAAAUGGAGCAGAUAAAAAAAAUUGAAAAAUUGAUUAAGGAUUCAAUUUCAGAAAAUUCAAACAUGAUUAGAGAUUCUACUGACAAAUUCAAAAAAGAUGAAUUGUAACCAUUAUAUUUCCUAUAUUUCUCAAUUUUUAUUUUGUAAAAAAAAUGUAUUACUUACAGUAUCAUUUGUAUUCGCAACAUUUUUAUUACCAUUUUUGUCUGAUUUAUUUAUUAUAUGAAUGAAAGCAUUUUAAUCUGUUCUUGAAUUACAAAUUUCAGUUGACUCAUGCUUCAAA